UCCAGAAGGGUGCGGAUCUUGCCUCCCGUCCACGCUGAGUGGGCCUUGGGGUUUCCGGUGGUCAGGUCUUAUCCUCUUCCUCUACUGCGCCCACCAUGGCGGCCGUGAAGACCUUGAACCCCAAGGCCGAGGUGGCCCGAGCCCAGGCGGCGCUGGCGGUCAACAUCAGCGCGGCCCGGGGGCUGCAGGACGUGCUGAGGACCAACCUGGGGCCCAAGGGCACCAUGAAGAUGCUUGUUUCUGGUGCCGGAGACAUCAAGCUGACUAAGGAUGGCAACGUGCUGCUCCAUGAAAUGCAAAUUCAACACCCAACAGCCUCCUUAAUAGCAAAAGUAGCAACAGCCCAGGAUGACAUAACGGGUGAUGGCACGACCUCCAACGUCCUGAUCAUCGGCGAGUUGCUGAAACAGGCGGAUCUCUACAUUUCUGAAGGUCUGCACCCCCGAAUAAUAACUGAAGGAUUUGAAGCUGCAAAGGAAAAGGCACUUCAGUUUUUGGAACAAAUCAAAGUAAGCAAAGAGAUGGACAGACAGACACUUAUAGAUGUGGCCAGAACAUCUCUGCACACUAAAGUUCAUGCUGAGCUUGCCGACGUCUUAACAGAGGCUGUAGUUGACUCCAUUUUGGCCAUCAAAAAACAAGAUGAACCUAUUGACCUUUUCAUGGUUGAAAUCAUGGAGAUGAAACAUAAAUCUGAAACUGACACAAGCUUAAUUAGAGGGCUCGUUUUGGACCAUGGGGCCCGGCAUCCUGACAUGAAGAAGAGAGUAGAAGAUGCGUACAUCCUCACAUGCAAUGUGUCCUUAGAAUAUGAAAAAACAGAAGUGAACUCUGGCUUCUUUUAUAAGAGUGCAGAAGAGAGAGAGAAACUUGUAAAAGCUGAAAGAAAAUUCAUCGAAGACAGAGUUAACAAAAUAAUAGAACUGAAAAAGAAAGUCUGUGGUGAUUCAAAUAAAGGAUUUGUUGUUAUUAAUCAGAAGGGAAUUGAUCCUUUUUCCUUGGAUGCCCUUGCAAAAGAAGGCAUAGUAGCUCUGCGCAGGGCGAAACGAAGAAACAUGGAGAGGCUGACACUUGCCUGUGGUGGGGUGGCUCUAAAUUCCUUGGAUGACCUAAACGCUGACUGUUUGGGCCGUGCCGGACUCGUCUAUGAGUACACGUUGGGAGAAGAGAAGUUCACCUUCAUUGAGAAAUGCAAUAACCCUCGGUCUGUCACACUGUUGAUCAAAGGACCAAAUAAGCACACGCUCACUCAAAUCAAAGAUGCUAUAAGAGAUGGCUUGAGGGCUGUCAAAAAUGCUAUCGAUGAUGGCUGUGUGGUUCCAGGUGCUGGUGCAGUGGAAGUGGCAAUGGCAGCAGCUCUGAUUAAAUACAAGCCCAGCAUCAAGGGCAGGGCCCAGCUUGGAGUCCAAGCGUUUGCUGAUGCGUUACUCAUUAUUCCCAAGGUUCUUGCUCAGAACUCUGGUUUUGACCUUCAGGAGACACUAGUAAAAGUUCAAGCAGAACAUGCAGAAUCUGGUCAACUUGUGGGUGUAGACUUGAACACAGGUGAGCCGAUGGUAGCAGCAGAAGCAGGCAUAUGGGAUAACUAUUGUGUAAAGAAGCAGCUUCUUCAUUCCUGCACUGUGAUUGCUACCAACAUUCUCCUGGUUGAUGAAAUCAUGCGAGCUGGAAUGUCUUCUCUAAAAGGUUGAAUUGAAGCUUCUCUUACAUCGUCUGAAUCAUGAAGACUCUGCAGAGUGAUCCUAAGAAUGUGGCUAUGGAAUUUUUGUCCAAGCUUCAAAUAAUUUUCAAAGGAAUUUUCUUUCCCCAUAUGAAAACAGGCGAUCAUUGUCACCUAUUCAAAUUCUGAAAUUCUGAUCACAGUAUUUUUUAAAUGCACUGAAGUGUAUACACAGAAAGCAAGUCCUUUUGACCCACUGAGCCAGGUGGUUUUGUGUUAGCUGCAGGGGCAUAAAAUAAAUGUUAGAUAAGCAUAUGUUAACUACCUUGUUAAUAAAUGCUCCUUCAAAAACAAA